CAAAAAUGACAAAUCAGUCACAGCCAAAAAGUUUUUUAAAUGAUGAAUUCCCUGCCCUAAGCCUUUUCUCAGGACUUUUUAUUUAUUCAUAGAGAAAGGAACUCUUUGUUAUGGAUCAGCAAGCAGUUGAAAUCAAGAACAAGAAAGUGACAGCACCCACUCCACAAAACACACCUAUAAACGCAGCUCCCAUAAGCUCACAAUCUAUUCCUACGGUUCCUUCCAUCUCUGAAGAGAUAGAAACUAUUAGUACACCAGGUGUUGCUGGUCAAAAUAACUCAGGUCUGAUGAGCAUGCUUCAAGGCAGAUUAGGUAAUCUCAUCAGUGAACCACUUCCUGCUUCUGUUCAACGUCGUAUCAAUGGCUUAAAAUUUCUUCAAUCCAAACAUGCUGAAUUGGAAGGAGAAUUUCAAAAGGAAGUCUUGGCUUUAGAAAAGAAAUAUCUAGAGUUAUACCGUCCAUUAUACACCAAGCGUGCUGAAGUGAUCACUGGUAAAUACGAACCUACAGAAGAAGAAGUAGCUCUUGGAGCCAAAGUAGAUGAAGAAGAAGAUCAGAGCGAUUUGGAGGAUGAUAAGGAAAACGAUGUAACAGAGAGCACAGAUGAUAAUGUGUCGGGUAUUCCCGAGUUCUGGUUGACAGCCUUAAAGACCCACCCACAAAUUGGUGAAACAAUCACAGAUGAAGACUGUAAUGUCUUGAAGCACCUUGUUGAUAUUCGUUUAAGCUAUCUCGAGAAGCCUGGUUUCCAAAUAGAAUUCGAGUUUACUGAAAACGAUUACUUCACCAACAAAGUGCUUACCAAGACUUACUAUUAUCAAGACAAUGUGAGCGGUGGUGAUUACGUUUAUGACCAUGCUGAAGGAUGUGACAUCAACUGGAAAGAAGGCAAGGACUUGACUGUCACUAUUGAAACAAAGAAGCAGCGUCACAAGGGCACCAACAAGACUCGUGUCGUCAAGCGCACAGUUCCUGCUGAAUCAUUCUUCAACUUCUUCAAUCCUCCUGUUCUUCCAGACGACUCUGAAGAAUUGGAUGAAGAUGAGGCUGAAGGUUUAGAUGCCAAGUUGGAAGCUGAUUAUGAAAUGGGUGAAGAAUUCAAGGAAAAGAUUAUUCCUCACGCUGUUGAUUAUUUCACAGGAAAGGCACUUGAAUACGAAGAUUAUGAUGAUGAAGAUGAUUUUGAUGAGUGAUGAUGAUAUUGAUGAUGAUGAAGAUGAUGACGAUGACGAUGAUGAUGACGAUACUCCUGCUAAAACUGAAAAUGCUCCUGAAUGCAAGCAAUCUUAAACUGUAUACAUUAUAUUUUUCAAAAUUAAAAUCACUCCAUCAGCUCUAACGUCUCUUUUCAUACAAGGAGGGGAACUGUUCUCAUAUUUCCUUAUUUUAAGAAAGAAAUGCCCUUUGAACCUAUUUUAACCGUAGCCAAGAUUGAUU